AUGGCUCUUCCCCCAAGAAAAAAGCUUAUGCCAAAGUCUGCGGUACUUGUAAAAAAGUACCAGCGCCCCAUUAGGGUGGUUUUCGCAGGUUUGGUGGCCACCUUAUGCAUUCUUUUCGUCCUACACACACCUCCUUCUCGGACUGCGUUUGCAAACAAGUCAAGCUCCUUGAGGGUACCGAACAGCCUUAAUGUGAUUGAUCCAAAAACACUUGAAAAGCCACAUGCAGACAAAGUUCAAAAAGUGCAAUAUCCAGAAAACGACGGGACUCGAGAAAAAGCUACGUUUGUCACACUGGCCCGAAACUCGGACUUGUGGGAUUUAGUAGGUUCGAUCAGACACGUUGAAGACCGUUUCAACCGUCGCUUUCACUACGACUGGGUUUUUCUUAAUGACAAGCCUUUCACAGAAGAAUUCAAAAGGGUCACCAGUGCACUUGUUUCUGGUGAGACAAAGUACGGCCUCAUUCCUGAAGAACAUUGGUCAGUCCCUAGCUGGAUCGACGAGGACAGGGCAGCAGAAAGUCGAGCAAAAAUGGUAGCUCAAGACAUCAUAUAUGGAGAUUCUGUUCCUUACCGCCACAUGUGCCGUUUUGAGUCAGGAUUUUUUUUCCAGCAUGAACUUCUGAAGGACUACGAAUAUUACUGGCGUGUCGAGCCCGAAAUCCGCUUCUUUUGCGAUAUUCACUAUGAUGUUUUCAAGUUUAUGAAGGAGAACAAAAAGAAGUACGGGUUUAUCCUCUCUUUGAGCGAAUACGAGGCCACGAUCCCCACGCUCUGGGAUACAACAAAACAAUUUAUGAAAGAGAACCCGGGUUUUGUUAACAAAAACAAUCUUCUGGAUUUUGUCUCCAACGACAAGGGCGAAACAUACAACAUGUGUCACUUCUGGUCAAAUUUCGAAGUCGGAUCGUUGGAAUUUUGGAGAUCUGAAGCUUACCAGGCUUACUUUAACUACCUUGACAAGUCUGGUGGAUUCUUCUACGAGCGCUGGGGUGACGCCCCUGUUCACUCCAUUGCUGCAGCUCUAUUCCUGGACAAAAGUGAGCUUCACUUCUUUGAUGGGUUCGGCUACUACCACCCUGACUUCUAUUCUUGCCCAGUCGAAGAGAACAUCAGGCUACAGAAUCAAUGUACAUGUAAUCCUGAGGACGAUGUCACUUGGUAUGACUACUACUUCUGCACAAGGAAGUACUUUGAGGCCCAGAAGCUGAGCUUCCCUCCUGGGGUAAAUUCUGCCUGA